CAGUGGAAUGCAAACCGGAGAGCCCCAAUCCAGACUCAGAAAGAACCCUCACAGCCAACCUGAACACGCCAGUGAGCAAAGCGUGGGAGAAGGGCGAUGGGGGAAAGAUCUACCUGUGCAACUGCUGCGCCUCUUUGAUUGCUGUGGCUGCUCCGCUAGACACCACAAGGCAGGACCGCGCGAUGAAAAGAUUAUCAGACAGCGGAAUAACUUUUAAUAUAACAAUUCAAGAGAGGGCAGCCGAGGACCAUUCUCGUCAAUCCUCCAGACAGUCGUGCGCAUGUUCCUGCAGUUGUGCAAAAGCUGAGGAAAAUGAUGAACGAGACGAGGAAUACUGCUUCCAUCGUGGGGCAUCGAAUGCAUCUAGCAAACCAGAUUUUUCAGUCACAAACAGUGUACUGAAAUCCGAACAACAGAGGAGGAGUAUAACUCUCAGUCUGCCCACAGAGUUCAUACACAACAAUAUCGCAUUCCUCCAAGUCAAAAAUAAGAUCUGUAUUGCGGGCUGGAGAAUGUGGGAAGAUCAUUAUCUUGAGGAUACUCUUCAUGUUGGAGAUGAAGUCUGUCAACUGAACAACAUGAUCCCACAGAACAUAGACCACCUGAAGCUAUUCAGCAGGCAUUAUGCUAAAGAAAUGAGCUCUUUGGAGAUUAGGCGCCUGCCAGAGGCCAGUGUCUUCACCUGUGUUCGGACAGAUUGCAGAGAAGACUGGGGGAUCCAUUUGGACGGGCCCAAGAUAAGGUACAUUACUCCUGGCUCCAGUGCUUCCCAGUGUGGGCUGGACUGUCCAAUGGCUGUCACAACUGAAAGCACAGUCCCCUGGUGCAUCACUGAGAUUAACUUCAAACCCGUCAGCUUGAUUCAGGAGGACAAGAGGUCCACCCAGAGGCUGUUGAAAAGAAUUGAUGACGGGACAAAGCUAUAUCUUGUGCUGCAGCCUCUGGACUUUGUGUGUGAAAUGUCCAGGAAGCUGAAGAUGAUGGCAGACUGGGAGCAGUAUGAUGCAGACGUGUGUGUAACAGAUGGGCUCGUGUAUAUAUCAUAUUUAUAGGCUGGGUUGGAAACAAAGUGGUAAAACAGUCAACCUCAAUUUUGCUGCAACAUUGAAUGGCCUAUACUAUACCAGUCCUGAAUUAUUUUUGCCGAGCUGAAGAAUGCGAUAUUCAGUUAUAUCAUUCUGAGUAUACAUCAGAACAGGACAUUUAAUUGACCUAUAUUUACACACUAUUAUUUUUAUUAUUAUUAUUUGUUUAUUUAGCAGACGCCUUUAUCCAAGGCAACUUACAGAGACUAGGGUGUGUGAACAAUGCAUCAGCUGCAGAGUCACUUACAAUUACGUCUCACUCGAAAGACGGAGCACAAGGAGGUUAAGUGACUUGCUCAGGGUCACACAAUCAGUGGCUGAGGUGGGAUUUGAACCGGGGACCUCCUGGUUACAAGGCCGUUUCUUUAACCACUGGACCACACUACCUCAGACUGGGACUUAGGUUCCAAUGUGAUUUACGACAGCAUGUUAACACAUGGUGCUAAGAUGGGACCUUGAGAACUGAAAGGGUUAACUCACAUUUUAAACUAUUUAUAAACUGUAUGCACAUGCGGAACUAAGGAGUGCUGGAGCCACUGGGGUUAGCCUUGAUCAAAAAGUGAUCAUUAUGAUGUUGUUUCUUACCUGGUGAACAUAGAAAUGAACGUUGAGACUGUGAAUCGCUUUUGUACCUACUGGAGAUACACACUGUCGAUCUAUUGGUUAAUGUUAUAACUGUAAAGUAAAAACAGACCGGCAAGCACAAACUAAAUAUGUCUUACCAGUUUUUUGUCCACUUCCACAAGCAUAUGUUGAACAUUUGUUUUAUGAGUGCUGUAUUUUGACAACAGUUCUUUUAAGGUAAUUUGCAGUCAUUUUGCUUAGAUUGCAGUACAUUAGAGGCACUAUAUUGCCUCUGCAGAUUAUGUUUAGAGCACCAGA